AUGCUCUCCACCGUCUCUCGAGCCCGGACAUCCUACAUCUGCACCCAGUGCCGCACACGCCUUCUCGCCCGCCCCACCACCGCCGCCCUCCUCCUCCCAAACCUAAGCCGCAGAGCCUUCCCCGUAGUCUCACGACGACUAUACGCCACAGAAUCCGCCUCCGCGCCAGACCCACAGACCUCCCCCGAUGUGCCGAAAUACGAAGAGGAGCUCGACCUCAGCCACGCGCAGUUCGGGCCCCAGACGAGGCCGUGGGAGAGGAUUGGGCUGCGGCCCGUGGUGGCCGAUACGCUGCUGCGUGCCUUUCCCAACGUUAUACGGCCAACGUCCGUGCAGAAGAAGCUGCUGACAGCGCUGUCGUACGGGUAUUCGGUCGCUGUGCGCGGGCUGCCGGGCACGGGAAAGUCGUUUGCGAUUGCGGCAUGGCUGCUGGGGCUGGAGAGGUCCAUCAUGAGUGAGACGAAGGAGCCGACGACGAGCGCGCUGGUGAUCGUGCCGAACGUGGACCUGGCCAUGCAGUACCAUAGCACUAUUCUGGCCAUGCUGGAGAACAGCGACAGUGAAGCGGUCAAGAGCUCGCCGGAUGCGUUUGUGCAGGUGCUGUAUCGCCGGGGAACAGAGACGGAGCUGGAGCAGCUCCAGAAGCUGAAGGAAUUUCGGCGCCCGCACAUCAUCAUUGCGCCGCCGACCAUCAUCCUGGAUAUCCUGGCGGACACGGACCCGGCUGUGCGCAAGCUGAUUGACAUAAACCAUCUCAAGGUGAUUGUGCUGGAGGAGAUUGAUGCGACAAUCACGCAGAUGGUCUUCUACUCGCGCAUCAAGAAGGGCCAGAGCAACACAGCCAAGGUAGCCCGCACCACCCCGCGCCAGAUGCCGCUGCAGAUCCUGCUCGACUACAUUGUCAAGUGCCGCAUCGCCGACGCCCACCGGAAGGGCAUCGCGCCGCAGCAGCCGCAGCUCGUGUUUCCCAGCGCGACGCUGUCGGCCACGCAGGUGAAGCGCUUCCUCGUGCACCACCACCGCCAGUGGCUACAGCCCCCGCAGCUCAACAUGGACACCGCGCCCGCAACGUUCAGCGGGGCCCAGCCGGGCGAGGAGUGGCGCCGCAAGGCGAGAAGCAACUCGCUCCUCUCGAUCGAGGACCCGCCGCUCGAGCACAAUGAAGUCACACAGUACGUGCCGGACCACCUGCACCACCACGUCCUGGCCUACGACGUACGCACCCGCAAACUGCGCGACGCCCCGCUGCCGGCACUGCGCCACUUGAGCAAGGAAGACAUCGUCGCCGAGCUCAACAAGACCGAGAAGAUGGUCCAGGACGCAAUCCAGGACGAGGACACGGUGCCGGAGGGCAUGCGCGUCGCAGGAUACCCCCAGACCGCCGUCACGGACAUCGUCAUGAAGCUCCUCGAGAAGGACAACUACCCUACAAACGUCCUUGUCGGCCUCAGCCUCGAGACCGACUUUCCCGCCGUCAAGCAAGCUUUCCGCGACCUCGGCAUGCACUGCCGCAUGCUUCUGGCCGUGAAAUGGAACACCGGCGACGAGCUCGGGAAGCUCCCCAUCGGCCGCACAGACAUGCUGCUCUCUCCGUCCGUCCGACACCGCAUUGAAGCCGAGGCAAAGGGAGGCGACAAGAGCGCCACUACCAUCUGGCUCACGUCGACAUUCUACUGCCGUGGCAUACACCCCCCCGGUGCCAACCACCUCUACAUUCUGCACCGCAUCACCCGCCCGCGUGAGUACAUAACGUACGCGGGGCGCGUGGCGUCAUGGCCGUUUGCACGGCGCGCUGACGAGCUGGCGGAUCCGCUGUCGGCGGGGAUGGACCGGCGCCCGCAGGGUAAGAUUGUGAGCGUAAUUUUAGAGGAUAAUGUGCUGGAGCAUGCGGAUAAGGAGCCGCGUGUGAAGUUCAAGAAGGCCGAUGGAAAAACGGUGAAGUCGAUGGUGGUGAGGAGGGAUGGCGGGACCGAGGAGGAGGUGACGUGGUCGACUGAGGCGGUGAGGUUGGCAAAGUUGGGAUGUAAGGUGGAGCCGUACUUUGCGGAUGUGCAGCCUGCUGAGGGUGCGGUGGAGGGUGGAGAGGCAGCGGCGGCGGCGGUGGCGGGGCAGGAGGUAAAGGAGGAGGGAGUUACGCCAGUGCAGGAGGAGAAAAAAGACUUCUUGAUGGAGGCGAUGGGGCUGUUGGACGAUUUUGAAGCUGCGGAGGAGGAGAAGAGGCAGGAAGAGGAGGAGGAGGAGGAGAAGAAAAAGGAGGAAGAGGAGAAGUAG